GUUGUUGUCCGUAAAAAGCCCAGUCAGUCACAGCUCCUCGUCUCAAUCCCAUCAUUUCUACUCUUCUCCGUUUGCGAUACGAUUAUACGAAACUUUAUUAUAAAAAACAAAGCUCUUCUGGUGGUGUGGAAUACGAGGAAAGAUACGAUAUACGAUGUCAAGUUGAACAUUGCUGGGGCACUGACUGCACUCUUUUUUUACAAGACCCACAACAACCCUUUCCUUGCAUACACACCAGACUCACACAUUAAAAUACAUAACAACAAUACAACCUCUUUCUCGCAACAACUAUAAAAUUAUAAGCUUUUCUGCUCCACCAUCGUGGUGGGCAUAAGAACAUCCAUCACUGCAGGAAAAGAAACAAGUUCCUGGAUACUACUGGUUGGUCGAUUAUUGUGUGGAUCUGCUGGUGGUGUUAAUAAAAUUCAAUUGUAAUUAUUGGCAAAUACGAAAAAUGGUGGAUCGGCAGGAUUUUAUACAAAACAAAGGAUUCUGACUUAAAUAUUGGACGGACUGAGCCUGAAAAUACUUGCAAGAUGAGUGAGCAAAGCAUCGCGUCGGCCCGAGCGUCGGUAAUGAUUUACGAUGAAACCAACAAAAAGUGGGUGCCAAGUGGGAGUUCAUCUGGUCUAUCAAAAGUUCAUAUAUAUCACCACGUGGUCAACAACACAUACAGAACGGUGGGAAGGAAAUUAAACGAUCAGGAGGUGGUCAUAAAUUGUUCAAUUUUGAAGGGUCUCAAGUACAACCAAGCGACACCAACGUUUCACCAAUGGAGAGAUAAUCGACAGGUUUAUGGUCUUAACUUCAGCAGUAAGGAUGACGCUGAAGCAUUUGCAUACAGUAUGAUGCUUGCUGUCGAUGCGCUCAACAAUGCAACUCCUGGGCCACCGAGAUUAAUGAAUUCGAAUCACACGGGUCCCCCGCCCAUGAAUAACCACCAUCCUCAUCCCCCACCAGCACAUAAUAAUAAUAAUCAUCAUCCGAGUGAGGAAGACAUGGGAUACCGAACAAUGACCAGGGAAGACAUUGCCGUAAUCACUGAAAGAAGAAUGUCACAACCUCAACAACAAGUUGGAGCGAUACCAUCCCUAAGCCCAAAUACGCCACCCGUUUUAGUUCAAAAUCAAGGAGGACCUCCAGGUCAUCAUCGGACAAAUUCCGCUCCACAACCUCCACCACCCCCACCUGCAAUGCCAUUACAAACUGGUGGCGGUGGACCUCCACCGCCGCCUCCUCCAAUGCCAAAUGGACCGUUGUCCAAAGGCGGAGAUCAAGAAGUCGGCUCAUUAGCUGCCGCAUUAGCUCAAGCACAACUGAAGAAAGCAAAUCGCCCACAACCAGAUGCAAUAAGCACGACAAGUACGUCAAGUAGUAGUAGCAGUGGGAGUGCAUCGAGUGCAAGUCUUUAUGGUACUUUGAGAGGAGGGGUUCGCAAUGGAAUAGGCGGAAGUGAUGCUCCUGCAACUCCGGCAGGGGGAACGUCACUGAUGGACGAGAUGGCAAAAACUUUGGCCCGAAGACGGGCAAUGUGCAAAGAAAACUCUGCUCCAAAUCUUCCACUACAGAACGGUCAAGAUGAAGAAGAUUCAAGGCCAGGUGGCGUUGGAAAAAUGAAGGAAUCUCCACCGUCUCCUAAAACGAAUCAAAGAAAAAGAACGGGAUCCGACACAUGUUCAGGAAUAGUCAUGAAUGGAAGUUCUUCCAAUGGUUACGAUAGCGAAUUAGAGUCAUUAAAACAAGACAUGUUAAAAGAAAUUAGAAAAGAGCUAUGCAAAGUCAAAGCUGAAAUUAUUGAUGCCAUAAAACUUGAGCUGAAUAGGAGAUAAGCGUUUUUCAAUUUAAUAUCCAUUGAUCGCAAACAUCAUAAAUUCAACGAAUUCGUCAUAAAAUAAAAUCAUCAUUUUCGUCAGAGCAGACACACGAAAACGCAAAUGCUGAUAACCCUGACCCUCUGAGACUUUAAAAAAGAAGAUCCUAAACCUUAUUACAAAGCCAGUAUUCCUAAUUUAUGUGCUGUGGUGAUGGUGUCUGUAUAUUUAAGUUUGUACAUGAAGGCUCAUUAUUCACUAGCAUAAAUUUUACAUAAAUUUAAUACUAACUAACUAUAAGUUGUUCAAGAUAAUUCUGUAAACGGGCGGCGGUUUGUGUUCCUACGCCAGUAGAAAUGCUAACAAUUCUUCCAGAAUCAUAAUCAUCAGCCGACGUAAGGCACAAAAGUUCUUUCUGGCGAUAAUAUAUGGUAUACUCGUAAAACUUGUGCUGUUUUUCAUAUGCUGCAGAUAAAAUCACAACUCGGUGAACCUUUUAUUUAUCGUUUUUAACUUAUUCAUGCCGUUAGUAUUCUUCUUUUGUGCGAUACUCUAAUGUCAUUAUUAUAUAAUCUUGUAUAACCUUUACUAAGUCGAUAUCCUACAACUGCAUAUACAAAAGUACAGUUGCAAUGCAGUUAUCUAGAUAAACGUAAACGAUAUACCUACAUAUGUACAUAUAUGUAUACACACGUACAUACAUACAUACAUGUAAACCUUUGUACAUAACGCUUGACACCUAUAGGUAUUAUGUUUACACGUGACACAUUAUUAUGAUUUCCAUUAUAUCGAUACAUAUGUAGUAAUUUUUCUAUGCUUAAAAUAUUAAAGACACAAUGCCAAAAAAUUAGUUAGCAUUAUCAUUUAGACAAAUAUGUAUAUAGUUGUUUGUUGUGACACACUUGACACUGAUUAUCUCGUAAAAUGUGCAAAGCAACCUAUAAAUAAGUAAAUUUCGAUUUAACCUAACGAAUAGUUGAUAAUCCUUUUAACUCGAGUCAGAAUUACUGUCAACCAAGUAAUACAUAAUUCAUCCAGUAGAUUAUGUUUAGCCAUUUCUAGGGUAUUUUUUCUAUGCGGUGUUAUAUGUAUGUAUAUUACAUACAUACAUGUGCACAUCUUCAUGAUUGUUUAUAUACCGUGGGGUUUGAGUGAGUGAUAUGAUGGGUGUUUCUUAUUUAUGAACUUUUAUAGUAGACCUUAUUAGAAAAAAAACAUUACAUUGUUUGACUUAUUGAGAUGCAUUUACCCUGUCGUUACUGUUGUUUAUUUGGCACUUUUAUUUUCAAAAGUUUGUAUUUUGUUAUGUAUGUAAUUGCUUACUUAUUUAAUUAUUGUAUAAUUUCGUUUACUGUUUUCAAUCAAGCGGUUGCAAUAUUAAAUUACUAAUGACUUUAAAGUUAAAGA